CCAUCGGCGCACGGAGUUGAAUAUCUGCGCACCUGGAUAAUAAAGCGAGGUUCGCCAGCAGGCAAGCAGGCCGGGCCAGUCAGGCAGGCGGGCAGGCGGGCAGGCAGAGGCGGCCACCUUUCCUUUCCCUUCGCUUACCUGCCUGGCAUUUUCACUGCGGGACAGCGGCAGCAGCUCGAGCCGAAAUCGCGUCGCCGCGCGCAACCGACGAACGCCGUACGAAUAAGUACAUCCUUCGAAGAACAAGAUAUUGUUGUACGCGUAAAGCGUACCUGCGCAGGUACGCGGUAUUAUAUAUAUAUGUGUGUAUAUACAGAGACGCAUAUAUAUAUAUGUAUAUAUGUAUAAAGAGAGAGAAACGUACUACUACCUGUGUUGGAAUUGUAUUUUAUUAAUGUACCUACGACCGCGUGUGGGACACGAUUUUACCGAUAUCCGAAAUCUUUUUUCAAUCGGUACGCGAACCGAGUUGGAAUACCUAUAAUUCAACCAAGAGUGAACAGUGAAACGAUUACAUCGGUGCAGUGGUGUCCCUUUGCUGCUGUUUACGGGUAUUUUACGUUAUGAAAUUACUUCGUACAUGUUUAUAACGAUACGCUAUAACCGUCUGAUAUAAAGGUAGAGAAGAAUUACGGACGAACGGUUCCGCCGUUCACGGGUCCGGUGAUUUCGAACGGUGUUCAAUAAUCGUGAUACUAACGAAUCAGGGAUAUAAAUCGACCGAUCAAGCUCGAGCGAUACUCGCGGUACGCGUGUGGGAAUAAAUUGAUAUUGUGAAACUGUAAUAACCACAGGUGAGAAGAAGAAAACAGCGUUGUUGGGAAGUGUUGCGUAUAACCUAACAACCACCGAAUUGAAGUACUCGACACCUGGUCUGCCUUUACACAGUGCGCGAGGCAGGUAUAUCUUCGUACAUAACCUUAAAUCGGAGACCGACUUCGAUUACGACGUGAUAUUAUGACGCCGUCUUGCCGUAUAUUGUGAAUUAUUCAGUGUUGAAAGUGCAGCCCGUUGGAUCAGGAUUCCGUUAUAAGAUUGGCUCUCUCUUUCUCUUCCUUCCUCUCUUCCUCCACCCUCGGCCCGCAUUCUCUUGUCAAAUACCAAACACAUAUGCAUUUGCCGACAACUUCCCACCACUUGUCACACUCCUAAUCCUGUAUUUUAAAAUUGGUGAGGGUGGUGCUAGUGUUGUUCUUUCACCGUGGUUACGGGCUGAUUCUGAUAUAGACGACCGGAAAUGCAGAUGAUGGCCGGAAGAGGGCCGACGCACCUGGUCGCCCUUUACGUGGCCACUGCCGGACAACAAGGAAACGCGCUCGGAUCCGACGAGGAGGAAAUCACGCUCCUCGUUUACGUCCUUAUCGACGCUCUCCAAAACAAGGUUAUGGGGAGGCAGCAGUACAUCGUUCGGCCCAUGGUGAUGGACAGCGGGGGCGUUGGAGUCACGGGCGAUAAUGGCGUGCAGGUUGCCGGUAGCAGCGGCGUCAUAAGCGAGACGGCCCUUGCUCAUGCACCAACCCUCACAGAGUCUAACCUCCGAGAACGCGGAAUCCCCUUGCACCAAGCCAUCAGACAGUUCGAGGGCUGGUGGUCGUCGUUGACGUGUGUCGCGGCCGGUAGUUCACCCCGCUUUGUAGUGGACGGACAGGCGCCUUUGCGGCAAUGCCUUCAUCCAGAAGCCUGCAACAAGGACCUCGACCUUCCCCCGCACUACACCGUCUUCCAUGACCUGCGCAAGGAGUUUGCCACUUGUUACUCAUCCCAGGAAGACCUUGCAGCCCUCAGCAUACAGGACAUGCUACAAUACUUUGGCCUGACACCGGACACGGAGAAUGAUUACCAUGUGAAGGAGGUUCAAGAUAUGGUGACUAUCAUUCAGAGGAUGAUUAAAGAUGGUCACACAUUUCUGAAUCCUGAAGUGGUCAAUCUUGUCCUGGAACCAGGCAUAUGUUCAAAAGACGAAGAGGUGGAUAAUAAUUGUGUUGUGAGAGCACGCGGCUUACCUUGGCAGUCCUCGGAUCAGGACAUUGCCAAAUUCUUCAGAGGGCUUAAUGUUGCCAAAGGCGGUGUUGCCCUGUGUUUGAGCGCACAGGGUAGGCGUAACGGGGAGGCAUUGGUGCGCCUAGUAAGCAAGGAGCACAGAGACAUGGCGCUCAAAAGGCACAAACACCACAUUGGGGCCAGAUAUAUUGAGGUAUACAAGGCUUCGGGUGAAGACUUUGUUGGUGUGGCAGGUGGUGCUAGCGGUGAAGCACACGCAUUUCUUUCACGCGGAGCCCAAGUUAUAGUUAGAAUGAGAGGGCUGCCCUAUGAUUGUACAGCCAAGCAAGUUUUGGAGUUUUUCCUAGCUGGCGAAAAUUCGUGUCAGGUACUAGACGGUGAGGAAGGUGUGCUAUUUGUGAAAAAACCUGAUGGAAGGGCGACUGGCGAUGCAUUUGUACUUUUUGCCAAAGAAGAAGAUGCCUCGAAGGCUCUCAGUAAACAUCGGGAUCUGAUCGGUAGCCGAUAUAUCGAACUCUUUCGAAGCACGACAGCCGAGGUUCAACAGGUACUGAAUAGAUCAAUGGAUCCAAAGACGUACGAGGCCCCAGCACCACUAUUGGCGACAAUUCCACAAGUCCCUCUUCUUCCGCAACACAUAAUCACCUCUGGAACACGUAAAGAUUGCGUGCGUCUGCGUGGUCUCCCAUACGAAGCACAAGUUGAACAUAUAUUGGAAUUUUUGGGUGAACAUGCAAAGAACAUAGUCUUCCAAGGAGUUCACAUGGUUUACAACUCUCAGGGCCAGCCAUCGGGCGAGGCUUUCAUCCAGAUGGACAGCGAAAGUUCUGCUUAUGCCUGCGCAUCGCAGCGUCACCAUCGUUAUAUGAUAUUUGGCAAGAAGCAACGUUACAUCGAAGUAUUUCAGUGCAGUGGCGAAGACAUGAAUCUGGUAUUGACAGGCGCUGUCGCACCACCACCUGCCAAAGCUCUACUAUCUCCCGGUACGUUGACGACACAUAGUCCUGCAACCCUGGCCCAUCCUCCUCCUCCAUCGACGGUGGCCCUGCCGAAUCACCACCAGCAAACUCCCCUGUGGGAUAUACAUGCCUUGGUCCAAGCUCAGGCUCAGGCCCAAGCUCAGGCCCAAGCGCAGGCUCAAGCUCAAGCUCAGGCUCAGGCUCAGGCUCAGGCUCAAGCUCAGGCGCAAGUUCAAGUCCAAGCGAUGAGAAAUCAAGAUUUAUGGUUAAUGGCUCUUGCCUCAAACCCACCUCCCAACUCAUCGUCAUCUCCCGCCUCUCCGACGUCGGCGGUAGCUAGUAAGGCAUUGGCGCUACCGCCACCACCACAAUCCCAAAUCUCCGCUUAUAACAUGGCCCCGCCGACAUUGCACGCCCAACCUCCCCCGGCUCCGUUCUUACUGUUCAACAUGCAACCCCGUUACCCAAUACUGCGAGCUCCACCCCAAGCACUGUUACCUCCGUUGGUACACACUAGCCAGUUAAAUCCGGCAGCUUUCAUGGGUCUGAAACGCUCCUGGGAAAACGCUUUUCCAGCCGAGAGUGCCAGCAAUCACGCAAAACGAGCUUGGCAAUCUCCGGCAACGUUUCAAAAUCCGCAGCAAGCGGCUGCUGCCUCAGGGCUGGCCUAUCCCGCUCAAUUCUAUCCACAAAUGUAAUGAAUACCAACCUCGACAGGCAGCUCCUGCGAUCAGCUAACGGAAUGAGUACUUCCUAUGGUUUCAGUUGUGGUAGGUUACGUAUUUAAUUAGCAAUCCCGAGUACGGAAAUGGCUAGAGAACAAGGAAAUAUUGUAAAUUGCCGGAACGUAGGAUGUACAAGUAGCGAAUUUCCGGGUAACUGUAGCAAAUAUUCCGCAAAAAAAUCAUUCGUCUGGUGCAAACGGACGUGGCUAAAAUUUUCAGCAACGUAUUAUUUAUGCGAUAUUUUUUAUACAAUAAUUAUACACAUAUAGCCGAGAUAAUUCUUAGAAAUGUAGCAGUUCUCACUAGGCACAGAGAGAGCUCGUGGAAAGUUUAGAUAUUUUUCUAUAUCUUUGUAUCAGUACCUGCAGUUCAAAAGAGCCUAAGUGUAGGUAGGGAUGGUAGCCGCUACUCAUAAUAUUCCAUAACGCGGACAAGGCUUACGGCAAAUUGAAUUGAAUCGGUUUAAUUGAUAUGCGUGUGUGUGGGUGUAUAUAUAUAUAUACAUACACACACACACACACAUAUAAAUAUACAAGUAAAUUUAUUCUAAAAUAUAUUAUAAGGUUAUGAUUGCGUAGAGGUAUGGGUAUUGGGAUCAUGUAUUGCAUAUGCUCGCCUAGAGAUGCAAUUUCCGUACAUCAUCACUUAUAUUUGAUAACUUUUACCCUUUUGGGAAUACUUAAGUUAAAUGACGCUCAGCAGAUAUUUAGGCGGGAGCAGUAAGACAAUUCUCAUUCCUAUAACAUAUAUAUAGAUUCACGGACAAUUGGGACACAUUUAACUGGACUUAUCAAUGACAAUAAUUAUUUGUUACGCGUGUCCUAUUUUUGAUAUAUACAUGUAUAUUAAUUAUUGCUGAUAUAUUGCCUGCUCGGGCAGACAUAUAAUAUAGAAAUACUAGGGACCAUUCAUAUAAUAUGCUGAUAGGUGUACAAUAUUUAUCGUUGUACAGAUUGACCAACGACAUUCCAAUGGAAAUCUUAAACUUUUUUUAAAUAUUUUUUUUUCAAUUUUCCUUUUACCAUUGCCAGCACCUAAGUGCCUUUUUCAUAGGUGAUAGAAAGUACUUACGUAAUGUUAGGAUCUAUCAGAUCAGAGCUAUUGUUGAUGAUGAUUAUUAUAUUUGUACCUUCGAAGAGAUAGAUUGUAGGAAACUAUUAACUCUAGGUAGGCACCAUGAUUCGCUCUCAAAUCAAGAUUUAAUAAUGUCUUGUAAUAUGUAUAUAGAUGUAGUAACAAUAUUAUUAUUUCAAGUAUAGUAUGAUGCGGUGGUUUGUGACAGCCCUUCGAAUCAAAUCUUUGUACAAAUUCGACCUUUCAACAACAUUUAACAAAAGUUCAAGUUCCGAAUUGGUAUAAGCGAGCCUUAAUAAACACCGAACGUGGUCUGCAAUAUUCUCAUCUCGUUCAUUUCUAUAAAGUUGCAAGUAAAAUAAGUGAUAAUCAGACUUUUGACAUUCUUCCAUGCGGACCUAUUUUCUACAUAUUAUUAUGAUUAGGUGUUAGGAAUAGUUAUUCCAUCCAAUAUAAUGUAAUAAUUCUUAAUCUUAGCAUAGCCCUUUUUUCAUUCUACGAGACUGUUUUAUUCUCACAAGUUUUUUGCACCUUCGAUUCUCCAUUGUACCAUUGAAUUAGUCUCAUUCGAACGUUAAUUUUGGAUUCCGAUAUGAUUCUACAACUCCUAUGCGAGAGUUCUAUUCUGAACAGUUCCAAAUAGGAUCAACUGGGAUAAACUGAUAGAUAGGCACUGCAAUUUUUUGUCAUAUAUCCAGCAAUUGUGGUAAGAGAAAAGUGGUGUUAAUAGAAACACAGUGGCAAUAUAAACUGUUGACAAUUCUAAUCCAGAUUGUUCAUUUUAAGCUUUUUACGAUCAAUGCUUUGUUCUUAGUCGCAGGUAGGGGCCGCAGGUAACUUCCAAUGACCCCCCUCCCUCCCCCUGUUCCUUAUUCCCUCUCAGCCAAUAUUCAGCACUUUUUUCAUCGAGAUCUUGUACUUAACUCGGUGUUGGGAAAUCCAAUUUCUUCCACUUUCCCCAUUGAUUGAUAAUUAAUAACCAAUGUUAGAGAUAUUUUGCAGCUGUUAUGCACUCAGAAUUGUUACAUUUUUUUUCUUAGAGAGUUGUAUAAAUUUUAUAUGAGCAGCCUUUUGCUAAAACUAUAAAAAAUGAUUACCCCGAUAUCAUUAUAAUUUUUUUGCUCAUGCAUAUGAUCAUGUUUAACUUGCAUGACCGAAAAAUAUGUAAUCCCUGGCGUUGCAGCAAGUUACACUGGUAUUUUAUUUUAUUUAUUUCUCUACAGCUCGUUUUUUAUUAACAAUGAGACUUAUAAAAUAAUCAUUUGCAUAUGGCGUCACACAUCAGUACAUGCUGAUAUACAUUUACUGUAUCAUGUAUGUAUUUAUUUUUUUAUUUUCCGGCAGUUUCAGCAGAUCUAUGGUAUAUUGACUUUUAUGCAAAUUUUGUUACUUAUAUACUUCCAAAAUUUUUAUUUAUUUUUCAUAAAUCCUUGGAGUCAUGGUAGUUGUUAAAUUUUACGUUAAGUAGUGUGAACAGAGUUUUGUUUGCCGAGCAACGUUCGUCAUAAACAUCUUGCUUCUGAUGGAAAAAUACGACAUUUAUUUUCUAAAAGUUUAAUAGACAACAAGUAGUGUUUGUAAAUAUUUUUUGUGCUAAUCUAAUCAAGAAACAAUUUACAGGGUAUCGAGAUAUUUAUUACGACGUUCACGGCAUAGUGCGAGAAUCAAGUAUAUGCCAAUUGUUCGCUGAAUAUCUUUCGUCGGCAAGGAAAUACUUGUUCCUCCCGCUUGAAUAGUAUAAACAACAUAAAUCUAACGAUAACGGCUAUAAUUCAAGGUAGAACAAGACUACUUGGGUAUGACAUGUGUAGCAAGUGAAUGUAAAUUUAUUCUCUCUGUUAUCAACCCAGUUAUGUUACAUAUUUUAUUACAUGCAUACAGUCGUCGGUUCUAUCUUGCAUUGCCUAAGAGUGCCUCUUGAAAAUUCUGACAACAACUUGACGACAUGGUAUGGGCAAAUUUUUUCGCAAAUGCUGCAUCAGCAGAUACUCAAGUGUAGCGUACAUUACAUCACUAAUCUCAUAGUUGCAACGAUUAUCGUUUCAAUUGAAAGGUUCGCGAGUCGAAAGACAAAUACUUGAAUAUAUAUCACGUGGUUGUCAACAUCUCGAUACAGAAAUAACAAUCAAUGUAUCGAGAAAUUACCAAAGUAGAAUACUGCGUACUUUAUGUUGCUGCAAAAGAAUGACAAAGCUUGCAUUUGAUAUUUAUCGGGUAACCGUCUUCCAUCAAUUCCUGAUGUGCCAGAAUUUUCGAGAGAGAUGUACACACUACAUUGCAUUAUAAUGUUGGCUUUCGCUGGAUUCACAAACAAUCAUGGGCAGAGACAAUUAUUUUCUAUUAUCCCUGUACUAACCGAUGCUAUACAUAUUGGACCGUGACUUGUGCUGGAUGUGUUGUUUGGUGUUCUGGAUGGCUAACCUGGUGACUGAUAGUUAUGUGUAUCGUUAAUUAUUAUAUUGCAUAUAGUUAUCUGCAUUAAUUAUUAUCACUAUAUAGCACUUGAUGUCUUAUGAAUAUCGAGCGGUAUUAAACGCUCCGGUAUUGGGCCAUAUAGGACAUAUUUUAGAGGGUUUCUUUCCGAUCUUUUUUUUUUCUAUCCACCUUAUUUCCUGUUUAGUUUUCUCUCUUCCAAAUCGUGUAAAUCCUUGAUUACAUUUAUUCAACAAAUAAUUAAUUUAUGAUCCCAAGUUAUCAAUAGGUAAUGUCAGUCGUUGAUUUAUAUGAUCGUUUUUUUCACAUUACGCCCACUACGAUUCGGAAUACAAAACAACGCGACUAUGGUCACUUUGAAGAGAACUGAUGUUUGAAGAUACUGCAAAGUCUUGUAUUCAUUUUUCAGUAUGUUUAUUUCAUCCUUCAUCUUUGGAAAAGGAUGUAAUAUACAUUAACGCGAAUUACAUUUUGAAUGCUACAUAUGUUCAAGCAAAUUUAACGAUUAGUAAAACUGCAGUUGAUGGACAAAUCUCAUUGAGGCAUGGAAUUCGGUAUUUCACUUACAAUUAGAACCUGUAGCAAGUUUAGCCAUCUCCUUUUUCCGAUACUUCAACCAUUUAUUCGAAUGACACGAGUCUUGACAUAGGAUUGGAAAACGUGCCAAUGAACUCACACUAAGACAGGAAUAGAUCUUAUUAAAUUAUACAUCGAUAUUCGCGACUGUUGAAUGGAUAUAUUAUUCAAUUAAGUUGCAGCGUGUAUUUACGAGCUCUUUGUAUCUCUUCAUCCCUUAACAACCUUUUCCCUUUUCCAUCUCCACCGAACUCAUUCGUUCUCAAAAAUUUGUUGAAACUAAACGGUUUCAGCAGUAGAUAACUUACAGAAUUUACUUACAUGCUUCUGCCUUUUUUUUGAACUAGCGAAAGCUAACACACAUGGUUAAGUGAUUGGCAUAAAGAUAAAAUUUAUCAAUUCAAUAAUGGAGCAUUUUACACCAAUUCUAGCAAUACUGGGACUUAGGACUAUUUAUCGCUGUAUACUCUCUGUAUGUCGAUCAUUAUAUUAAUAUUAAUAAUCAUGUUAUUAAUAAAUGUACUCGUGUCUCGUGGAUAUA